GCGUGUGCGCCGCCAGGACAGUGCUGGGCUUUGGCAUGGACCCUGAUCUUCAGAUGGAUAUUAUUGCGGAGCUGGAUCUUGUCAACACCACGCUUGGAGUCACGCAGGUGCCUGGGCUGCACAAUGCCAGCAGAGCGUUUUUAUUUCAAGAUAUAGAAAGAGAGAUCCAUGCAGCCCCUCAUGUGAGUGAAAAAUUAAUUCAGCUGUUCCGGAAUAAGAGUGAAUUCACCUUUUUGGCCACUGUACAGCAGAAGCCAUCGACUUCAGGAGUGAUACUCUCCAUUCGAGAACUGGAACACAGCUAUUUGGAACUGGAGAGCAGUGGCCUGAGAGAUGAGAUUCGCUAUCACUAUAUACAUAACGGGAAGCCCCGGACAGAAGCACUUCCAUACCGGAUGGCAGACGGACAGUGGCACAAGGUCGCACUGUCGGUUAGCGCCUCUCAUCUCAUGCUCCAUGUCGACUGUAACAGGAUUUAUGAGCGUGUUAUAGACCCUCCGGAAACAAAUCUUCCCCCAGGAAGCAAUUUAUGGCUUGGCCAGCGCAACCAAAAGCAUGGCUUCUUCAAAGGAAUCAUCCAAGAUGGGAAGAUCAUCUUUAUGCCGAAUGGAUACAUAACACAGUGUCCGAACCUAAAUCGCACUUGUCCAACCUGCAGUGAUUUUUUAAGCCUGGUACAAGGAAUAAUGGAUUUACAAGAGCUUUUGGCCAAGAUGACUGCAAAAUUAAAUUAUGCAGAGACAAGACUUAGUCAAUUGGAAAACUGUCAUUGCGAGAAGACCUGUCAAGUGAGUGGACUGCUCUAUCGGGACCAAGACUCUUGGGUGGAUGGUGACCACUGCAGGAACUGCACAUGCAAAAAUGCCGAAGGAUGUCCUGUCCCCCUCUCAAUUGUUCUCCGGACUCCCUUCCUGUGCAUAUCGCGGGCCAGUGCUGUAAAGUCUGCCGACCAAAAUGUAUCUAUGGAGGAAAAGUUCUUGCAGAAGGCCAGCGGAUUUUAACCAAGAGUUGUCGGGAAUGACGAGGUGGAGUUCUAGUAAAAAUGACAGAAAUGUGCCCUCCUUUGAACUGUUCAGAAAAGGACCACAUUCUUCCGGAGAAUCAGUGCUGCAGUGUCUGCAGAGGUCAUAACUUUUGUGCAGAAGGUCCUAAAUGUGGUGAAAACUCAGAGUGCAAAAACUGGAAUACAAAGGCUACUUGUGAGUGCAAGAAUGGUUACAUCUCUGUCCAGGGAGACUCUGCCUACUGUGAAGAUAUUGAUGAGUGUGCAGCUAAGAUGCAUUACUGUCAUGCCAAUACUGUGUGUGUCAACUUGCCUGGGUUAUAUCGCUGUGACUGUGUCCCAGGAUACAUUCGUGUGGAUGACUUCUCCUGUACAGAGCACGAUGAGUGUGGCAGCGGGCAGCACAACUGUGAUGAGAACGCCAUCUGCACCAACACUGUCCAGGGACACAGCUGCACCUGCAAGCCGGGCUACGUGGGGAACGGGACCAUCUGCAGAGCAUUCUGUGAGGAGGGCUGCAGAUACGGUGGCACAUGUGUGGCUCCUAACACAUGUGUCUGUCCAUCUGGAUUCACAGGAAACCACUGCGAGAAAGACAUUGAUGAAUGUGCCUUAAGAACUCACACCUGUUGGAAUGAUUCUGCCUGCAUCAACCUGGCAGGGGGCUUUGACUGCCUCUGUCCUUCCGGCCCCUCCUGCUCCGGUGACUGCCCCCACGAAGGAGGACUAAAGCGCAAUGGGCAGGUGUGGACCCUGAAAGAAGACAGAUGCUCUGUCUGUUCCUGCAAGGACGGGAAGAUAUUCUGUCGACGGACAGCUUGUGAUUGCCAGAAUCCAAGUGUUGACCUUUUCUGUUGCCCAGAGUGUGACACGAGAGUCACAAGUCAAUGUUUAGAUCAAAAUGGACACAAGCUCUACCGAAGUGGAGACAAUUGGACCCAUAGCUGUCAGCAGUGCCGGUGUCUGGAAGGAGAGGUAGAUUGCUGGCCACUCACUUGUCCCAGUUUGGGGUGUGAGUACACGGCCAUCUUGGAGGGUGAGUGUUGUCCCCGCUGUGUGAGUGACCCCUGCCUGGCUGAUAACAUCACCUAUGACAUCAGAAAAUCUUGCCUGGACAGCUCUGGCGUUUCGAGGCUUAGUGGCUCAGUGUGGACAAUGGCCGGCUCUCCCUGCACAACCUGUAAAUGCAAGAAUGGGAGAGUCUGCUGUUCUGUGGAUUUGGAGUGUCUUCAGAAUAAUUAAAGUAUUUAAAAUGGACUCAUCACAGGAGAAAGAUUGACAAAAUGACCAUCCAACAUGAUGAAGAAUAGUUGGUGUUUUGGUUUUUUGUUUUUGGUUUUUUGUUUUUUUUUUUUCCUACCACAGACAAUUACCAAAGUCUCCAUCUAAGGAAGGUGUUGGGGUUGCCUUUCGGACCUAGCACUUUGCUCAUUCUUGCUACCCCAGUCUAGGUGAUCUACAGUGCAGUGCAUUCAAGUCUACGGUUGUUAAAAGAAGUUUCCCCAGUUGUAACUCAUGUUUCCCUGAUCAGAUCAUUUGCAAAUACAUGUCAAUGAUGUCAUAGUAAAUGUCAAUGUGUUUUUUGGUUUUGCUUUGUAUACUGGCAAAAGAGAGACUCAGCUUUUAUUUAUUUUUUGAUUUCUGGAUCAAAUUCUAAAAAUAAAGUUGCCUGUUGUGAUUUUGUCCCAUCCACUGCAUA